AUGUCCAUUGGACGCAACUAUAGACUAGCACUAGAAAAGACUUUACGAAAAAUCAACAAGUCACGAGAAACAACAUUGAGUUGUAAAAUAUUAGAUGAAGAUCGUCAUUUAUUAAAUCGUCCCCAUCAAAAACGUGAAUCCGAAACACAUAAGACGAAAAUCAUAAAUGAUUACCAAUGUACGGGCGUUGUACCUUUAGCGGUAAACAAGCAUUUAUUUAAUUAUAUUAGUUCAUCGUUACAAGCUUGUACUGCAAUGAGUCCGGAUAAACAGCUUAAUAUACUGAAAGAUAUGUGGCGAAAAGAAAAAAACAUUGAAAUCGUCAUAAGUAAAGAAGACAACGAAACAAUUGCAUACUAUUUGAAUGAAGGUAUAACUAUUGAUUUUUAUAAUCCGUUUCCAGAACAAGUGUUGGAAAACAUAAAGAAAAAUCGUGUUAAACCGWAUCUGUUAAAAAAAUCAGAUUAUUCUUCAAUGCAAAUUAGAGGUCCGAUUCCAUGGCAUCAAACAGCAAUUAUUCAAAGAGAGCAUUUAAGGCAUAAUUUAUACAUAUUUAGUGAAUCUAUUUUAAUGUUGAAUAAUGUAUGGAAAAAGUAUUCCAAAGGUUAUAUUUUUCCAAUUAAAAAUUUAAAAAAAGUUGGUAUACCUAUAAAACCAAGUUCUUUACAAGAGUUUUUGGAUAAAUCGUGUGAAAAAUUUCGACACAAAUUAGUAAAAGAGUGGAUUGUAGAAUGUGCUGAGUUAUAUAUGGAAACAAAAGAUAACUACCAAGAUUUAUUACCAACGCACAAUAUGAAAGCAUCAAAGUAUCAAAUUCAAAAGUUUUUUGACUGUGUUGCAGCUACUAUGUCCAGGCAAUUGAGACAAAUUGUGUUUAAGUCUUUGAAGCAUUUCAUGAAGGAAAUACUUAAAUACAAGAAUGGAAAUGUAAUAGAUCCUGAAUUUAAAGAUAACAUGUUUAUAAGUCUACCGUUUUUCAUUCUUCGAGCAGUUCCAAACCCAAAUUCAAUUCAAAUAUCCUUUGAACCUACACGUGAAGAAUGUUUAAAUCUUUUACUGUCAAUCCCACGAAAAAUAAUUAAAACAGUAGAAGACAUUCCAAGAGUUGAACAAUUGCUAAUAAAAAAAUUUAAAGGUGAUUCUACAAUGGUGUUAAGAAAUAUUCAUGAAUCUGAGGAGGAAGUUCAAAAAAUGUUGUUUGAAGUUGGUAAGAUAUUAGAAAAUAAUUUUCCAGGUCCAGAAACUUACAUAACAUAUUAUAAAACCUACUACUAUUUGAUAAAUGGCACAGAAACUAAAGCAUUAGAUACAAUUUUUGCAAGUGACCCAUUUCCAUCAUUAAGUGAAUUUAACGAAUGGGUCAUCAAGUACGUGACUAUAAAUGAAGAUAUUCUUAAACUUAGAGAUCGAGUGGAAUUGAAUUUAAUGAAAUUAGAUAUAUCUGAGAUUAAUACAAAUUUAAAAAAUAUAGUUAAGAGUUUGAAGAACAGGAUUCUUGAAUAUUUUAUGAAUUUAACACAGCAAAAUAUUUYUGAAAUAAAUAGUGCAUUUGAGGUAAUGUCUACCAAGUCCUCGGAAAUGCCUGAUACAACUGAAGAUUUAGUAGAACUUAGUAAUUAUGUAACACUAUGUCGGGAUUCGACUUUAUCGAAAAUGAAAGCUCAACUGAGGACUGUUGGAGAUUACAUAAUGUUUCUUUUUGAAUACACGGAAUUCAACAUUGAUGAUAUUCAUUUACAAUCGCGAGUAUUUCGAUGGCCUCAAGAGAUUGAACAAUUUUUAGAUUUAGCCACUAGUAGAGUUAUUCAAAAAAAAGGGGUAGUUGAAGGCCAGUUGAAAUCUAAAAAAACUGAAUUUGAAUUUGAUCUUAAAAAUCAUUUCAAAUUGCUGGACAAUUUAAAAAAAAAAGACCCACCAAUAUUGACUAAUGAUGAAAUCAUAGCUGCCACCGAAGAAGUUGAACGCCUUACUAAUUUUCUCAAAGAAGAUAUUGCUGCUGCAAAGAGUAUAAAUCACACUGAAAAACUGUUGGAUGUUGAAGUUACGCCAUAUAUUCAACUUCACUCAAUGGUUGCGGCUACUGAACAAUUUGACCGUUUGUGGCACAUUGUUCAUGAUUUCCAGAACUAUUAUGAAAUAUGGUUCAAUGGGCCAUUUCAUGAUUUGAAUGCUAAGGAAAUAAAGGAAAUGGUGGAUAAUAUGUGGGAAAACCUAUAUAAAUUAGCUAGAAUUCUUCAAGACUAUCCUGGAUCAAAAAGAGUAGCAGAAAUUGUACGUGGUAAAGUAGAUAAUUUUAAAAAGUAUUUACCCGUAUUGGAGACAAUUUGUAAUCCGGGUAUACAUGAUAGACAUUGGACAGAGAUUAGCAAAAGUGUUGGUGUAGAUUUACAUCUUAAUGAUUCAUCAACUUUGUCUCAAAUGAUCGAAAUUGGAUUACUGAAUUAUAUUGAAAAACUUGAAGAAAUUAGUGUUAUUGCAUCUAGAGAAUAUUCACUUGAACAAAAUCUUCGAAAAAUGAAAGAAGAAUGGUUAACCAUUGAGUUUGAAUGUACUCCAUAUCGAGAUAGUGGUGUUAGCAUAUUAACAGCGUUAGAUGACAUUCAGGUUAUGUUAGAUGACCAUAUACUGAAAGCUCAAACAAUGCAUGGAUCAGUUUAUAUAAAACCUUUUGAAGAAGAAAUGGAUACCUGGGAAAAAAAAUUAAUUUUGAUGCAAGAAAUUCUAGACCUCUGGAUUUCUGUGCAAGGGAUUUGGAUGUAUUUAGGUCCAAUAUUUAGUUCAGAAGACAUAAAUCGUCAGAUGCCCGAAGAAGCUAGAAAUUUUAGAGCCGUUGAUGCUAUUUGGCGCCAAAUUAUGAUUAACACUGUUAAGAACCGUAAAGUUCUCGAAGCUACAGACUAUCCAAACAUGUUGUCAUUACUAAAAAAGUGCAGUGUUAUGUUUGAGCAGAUACAGAAAGGUUUGAACGAGUAUUUGGAGAAAAAACGUCUUUUCUUUCCACGAUUUUUCUUUUUGUCUAACGAUGAACUUCUUGAAAUUUUGUCCGAAACCAAAGACCCAUUACGGGUGCAACCACAUCUUAAAAAAUGUUUCGAAGGCAUAGAUAAAUUAAACUUUACAAAAAGCAUAGAAAUUGUGGGAAUGAUAUCAGCUGACGGUGAAGUAGUAGCCUUUAAUGGAAUAAUUUAUCCUGCUGACGCUAAGGGUUUGGUAGAAAAAUGGUUAAUUCAAGUUGAAGUUUUAAUGAUGCAGUCAAUAAGCGAAAUUAUUAAUAAUGCAGCAAAAGAAUAUGCAAAUAUUAAACGCAAUGAAUGGGUACUUAAGUGGCCGGGUAUGGUAGUUAUAUGUGCUGCAACAAUCAAUUGGACUGCUGAAGUAGAAACUGCUAUUGAAAAGAAAUCACUUCCUGCUUAUCUACAGAAAAGUAAUAUGCAAAUAGAAAAUUUAGUAAAUUUAGUGCGCGGUUCAUUAAGCAAAUGCGAGAGGGCAACGGUGUGUGCUUUGAUAGUUAUAGAUGUUCACGCUCGUGAUGUUGUUAAGAAUCUUACAUCUCUAAGAAUAAUUAAUAUGAGAGAUUUCAAUUGGAUGAGUCAACUUAGGUAUUAUAAUAAAGAUUCUAAAACUACUGUGUCGAUGAUAACAACUACUCUAGACUACGGUAAUGAAUAUUUAGGCAAUACACCAAGAUUAGUAAUUACUCCGUUGACAGAUCGAUGUUACAGAACAAUUAUGGGUGCAUUAAAAUUAUAUCUCGGUGGUGCUUCUGAAGGUCCAGCUGGAACUGGAAAAACCGAAACCACAAAAGAUUUAGCCAAAGCAAUAGCUAAGCAAUGUAUUGUAUUUAAUUGUUCUAAAGGACUUGAUUUUAAAGCUACAGGCAAAUUUUUCAUGGGAUUAGCACAAUCCGGAGCAUGGGCUUGUUUCGACGAAUUCAAUAGGAUUGAAGUUGAAGUAUUGUCGGUAAUUGCUCAGCAAGUAUAUAUUAUACAAAUGGCGGUAAAAGCUAAUAAGGACAAAUUCAUGUUUGAAGGCAUAGAGUUAACAUUAAAUCUUACUUGUGCAGUUUUCAUAACUAUGAACCCAGGAUAUGCUGGACAGCAAGAAAUACCUGAUAAUUUGAAAGUGUUAUUCCGUACAGUCGCUAUGAUGGUACCAGAUUAUUCUAUGAUUGGAGAAAUAUCAUUAUAUUCUAUGGGUUUUAGUGAUGCUAAAAAUUUAGCUGAAAAAAUUGUAGACACGUACAAGUUAUGUUCAGAACAAUUGUCAUCUCAAUCACAUUACGAUUAUGGGAUGAGGGCAGUAAAAUCUGUAUUAACAUCAAUAGGAAAUUUAAAAUUUAAAUAUCCCGAUAACAAUGAAGAUGAAAUUGUAUUAAGAGCUAUAUACGACGUCAAUAUGCCAAAAUUUUCAUCAGAGGAUAUACCACUUUUUAUUGGAAUAUAUGGAGAUUUAUUCCCCGGUGUCAAACUCAUAAUUCCAGAAAGAGAAGAACUCAUAAAUAAAAUAAACAUAAAUUUAAGCAAAAGGAAUUUACAAAGUACUCCAUGGUUCAUUGAUAAAAUAAUACAAGUAUACGAGAUGGUGUUGGUUAGACACGGGCUUAUGAUUGUUGGUGAACCAUUUUCUGGAAAAACUUGUACCUAUCAGGUCUUGGCAGAAUCGUUGAGUGAUUUACAACUCGAACGCAAAGCAGUAAUGACAGAAUUUAAAACCACGUAUAAAAUUAUCAAUCCUAAAGCAAUUACAAUUGAUCAAUUGUAUGGAUCAUUUGAUAAAGUUCUGCAUGAAUGGCAUGAUGGAGUUUUAGCAAUUGUGUUUAGAGAGUUCUCAAAUAGUGUAACAAUGGAUCGUAAAUGGAUUGUAUUUGAUGGGCCUGUUGAUGCAGUAUGGGUUGAAAAUAUGAAUACAGUGUUGGAUGAUAACAAAAAACUUUGCCUAAUGUCUGGAGAAAUUAUACAGAUGAAUAACAAAAUGAACAUGAUAUUUGAACCUGCCAAUUUAGAUCAAGCUUCGCCUGCCACCGUAUCUCGCUGUGGAAUGAUUUAUUUAGAACCAAAGCAGCUUGGUUGGAGAUCUUUUUGGCUUUCGUAUAAAAAUACUAUUUAUUCUAAAUUUUUGCUAGAUCAACAAAUUAUGAUGGAUGACUUAAUCGAGUGGUUGGUMCCUGCCAUAUUUGUUUUUAUACAAAAACACUGUAGUUUAUUUCUAACUACUUCUGAAAAUCAUAUGUUUAACUCUUUUACAAGGUUAUUGGAUUGUUUGAUUAAAGAAGAAACUGGAGUUGGGUUUGCAACCAUAUGGGUGGGAUGUGUAAUAAUUUUUAGUUUGAUAUGGAGUCUUGGUUCUUUAAUAAAAGGCGAUUGUCGAAAUAAAUUUGAUACAUUUUUACGGAAACUUCUCCUAGGAAAUAAUGACAAAUAUAUUAAACCAAUUACUUUUAAGUUGACAAAAACCCAUCUUUUCCCAGAUAUGGGUACAGUUUAUGACUAUGUGUAUGAUAAGAAAAAUAAUGGUUCUUGGAUUCUAUGGUCAGAAAAAAUAGAUUUUAAAAGGAUUUCACCAGAUGCCAGAAUAAAUGAUUUGAUCAUCGAAACUGAUGAAACAGCCAAGCAGCAUUACUUUCUCCAAAUAUUAUUAAAAAAUGAAAUUCCUUUACUCUUUGUUGGACCCACUGGUACUGGGAAAUCAGUUGUUGUGCUGAAUUACUUAAUUAAUUUGCCCAAAGAAAAAUGUUUAGCUAAUGUAUUAAGUUUCUCAGCAUGGACUGCAGCUAACAUUGUACAAGACAUUAUCAUUUCUAAAUUGGACAAGCGAAGAAGAGGAGUUUUUGGUCCGUCUGUUGGUAAAAAAUGUAUGUUGUUUAUAGAUGAUUUAAGUAUGCCGUUACCUGAAAAAUAUGGUGCUCAAUCACCAAUAGAAUUAUUAAGACAAUGGAUUGAUCAUGGUUAUUGGUAUGAUCUUCAAACUAUGUCAAGAAUAGAUAUGCUCGAUAUGUUAUUUAUUGGUGUACUUCAACCUCCUGGUGGUGGUUCAAAUCAAGUUACUACUCGUUUCACUAGACAUAUGAAUGCUAUUGGUAUUGAUUCAUUCAGUCAAGAAACUAUGUCCAAAAUAUUUUCUCAGAUUAUAAAAUGGCAUUUUAAUAAAGGGUUUUCUGAGCCUAUCGCAUUACAAGGAAAUAGUGUUGUAGAAGCAAUACUGUUUGUGUACAAAGAAGUAGUCUCAACAUUUUUGCCAACUCCUGCAAAAUCACAUUAUACCUUUAACUUACGAGAUUUUACCAGAGUUAUAAAAGGAAUAUUAUUGUUACCAGCAUCGCGGUGUAAAACACUUGAAAAAAUAUUUCGACUGUGGGUUCAUGAGACAUGGCGUGUGUUUGGUGAUAGAUUAGUUCACGAUGAUGAUCGUAAUAAACUAUUUGAAAUAAUGAAAAUAGCAUCUUAUAGUUGUUUAAGACAACCGAUGGACGUUUAUUUAAGUGAUUUAAUGCCAGUCGAGGAGAGAUUUUUAAAUACUGAUCAUUUACGGAACCUAUUUUAUGGAAACUACAUGGAUCCGGAUAUUAAUAAGAAAAUAUAUGACGAAGUUCAUAGUGAAAAACAACUAAUUCAACGAAUGGAUUAUUAUUUAAAUGAAUACAAUACUAUGUCUAAAAAUCCAUUAUCAAUGGUUAUGUUUAAAUUUGUUAUUGAACAUGUGUCUCGUGUAAGUAGAGUCCUACAGCAAGACAACGGUCAUUUGUUAUUAGUUGGAAUAGGUGGUAGUGGAAGACAAUCGGCUACAAAGUUGGCUACAUUUAUUGCUGGUUAUAAAAUAUUUCAAAUUGAAACAGGAAGGAAUUAUGGUAAAAAUGAAUGGAAUGAAGAUAUGAAAAAAAUAUUAAAAUAUGCUGGAUGUGAUGGAAAUCCAAUUACAUUUUUUUUAUCUGACAAUCAAAUUGCAGAUGAAAGUUUUGUAGAAGAUAUAAAUAUGUUACUCAAUACUGGUGAUAUACCAAAUCUUUAUCAAUCUGAUGAUAGAGUUGAUAUUUUAGAUAAAGUAUCCAAUAUUGCUCAAACCCUUGUAAGUGGGUUAAACGUUGAAACAACACCAAUCGCUUUAUACAAUUUCUUUAUAGAAAGAGUGAAAGAAAACUUUCAUCUUUCUUUAGCUAUGUCACCAAUUGGUGAUGUGCUUAAAAAUCGCUUGAGAAUGUUUCCUUCACUCGUUAACUGUUGUACAAUUGACUGGUUUACAGUUUGGCCUGAAGACGCACUUGAGAAAGUUGCAGAAUAUUAUUUAAAAGAUAUGUCUAUUCACAGUGAUAUUGCAUCAUCUUGUGUAUUAGUUUGUAAAGAAUUUCAUACGACAGCUAGAGAUGCUUCUUCUAGGUUUUAUUCAGCGUUAAAAAGGCAUAAUUAUGUUACACCAACUUCCUAUUUAGAGUUAAUAAAAACGUUUCAAAAUUUACAUAAAAAGAAGGUAGAUCAAAUCACAACUUUGCGAAAUAGAUAUGAAACCGGCUUAAAAAAAUUAGAUUUUGCUGCUGGCCAAGUAUCUGUUAUGCAAGAUCAACUGACAGCUUUAAGACCAAAACUUGUCGAAACUUCGUUGGCAACUGAAGCUCUUAUGGUUAAAAUUGAACAAGAUACAGUAAAAGUAGAAGCCAAAAAAGAAAUAGUAGGCGCCGAUGAAGCCCUUGCCAAUGACGCUGCAGCAGCAUCACAGGCUAUCAAAGAUGAUUGUGAAAGUGAUUUAGCUGAAGCAAUACCAGCCCUCGAAGCUGCAGUUUCAGCUCUAAAUACUCUCAAGCCCGCCGAUAUUACCGUAGUCAAAUCUAUGAAAAAUCCGCCAUAUGGUGUUAAGUUAGUAUUAGAAGCAGUUUGUGUUAUGAAAGGAAUCAAAUCUGAACGUAAACCAGAUCCUAGUGGCUCUGGGCGAAUGGUUGAAGAUUUUUGGGGACCUUCACAAAAACUAAUUUCAGAUACUAAAUUUUUAGAGAGUUUAAAAACAUACGAUAAAGAUAACAUAGAUCCUGCAGUUAUGAAACGUAUAAGAGAAAAAUAUAUUAGUGAUCCAGACUUCAAUCCAAUUAGUAUCAAAUCAGUUUCUAAUGCAUGUGAAGGCCUUUGUAAAUGGAUACGAGCGUUAGAUGUUUAUGAUAAAGUAAUAAAAAUUGUCGGACCUAAAAAAGAAAAACUUCAGCAAGCGGAAACGGACUAUGCUGUACAAAUGGAAAAACUUAAUGAAAAAAGAGCUGAACUUUCGGGGGUUUUGAGCAAGCUUCAAACAUUGAGAGAUGAACUUGCGGAAAAAACGAAAGAGAAAAAAGAAUUGGAAGAUAAUAUUGAUUUGUGUUCUCAAAAACUGACUAGAGCUGAACAAUUAAUUAGUGGUCUCAGUGGAGAAAAAUAUAAAUGGAGUCAAACAGCUCUAGAAUUGAAAUCAAUUCUAGAUAACGCUAUUGGUGAUGUAUUGUUAUCUGCAGGCGUCGUCGCCUACCUUGGGGCAUUUACCGUUGACUUUAGAAAUGUACUUAUUGAUGAAUGGAACCAACGAUGCUUAGAAAUGAAUAUUCCAUGUUCAAAACAAUUUUCAUUGAUACAUACGUUAGGAGAACCUUUAUUAAUUCGGGAAUGGAAUAUAUUUGGACUUCCAGCGGAUAAUUUUUCUGUUGAAAAUGGGAUCAUCGUAUUUAGUGCUACGAGAUGGCCUCUAAUGAUUGAUCCCCAAGGUCAAGCGAAUAAAUGGAUAAAAACUAUGGAAAAUUCAAACAAUAUUUCAGUAGUUAAACUGUCCAAUUCUAACUAUAUGACUUCCAUACGAUUAGCAAUUGAACAUGGUUUACCGGUUCUUUUAGAAGAUAUACAAGAAGACAUAGAUGCUACACUUGACCAAGUACUACUAAGAAAUAUCUAUAAAGAGGAUGGAAUUGAAUACUUGAAAUUUAGUGAUAGUUUGCUGAAAUAUAAUCACUCGUUUAGACUUUACAUCACAACACGUCUUCGAAAUCCUCAUUAUUUACCAGAUAUUUCUGUAAAAGUAACAAUACUAAACUUUAUGAUCACGCAGCAAGGACUGCAAGACCAAUUGCUAGGGAUUGUUGUUGCCAAAGAACGACCGCAGUUGGAGGAAAAGAAAAAUGAAUUGAUACUUGAAAGUGCUAAUAAUAAUAAGCUACUUAAGGAAAUUGAGGACAAAAUUUUAUAUGUUCUCUCUUCGUCUGAAGGAAAUAUUUUAGAGGAUGAAUCAGCAAUAAAAGUUUUAUCUUCAUCAAAAUCAUUAUCAUCUGAAAUUCAACUGAAACAAGAAAUUGCUGUUGUAACUGAAAAAGAAAUUGAUGUAGCUCGUGAUGUUUAUAUUCCUGUAUCUAAUCACUCUUCAGUUUUAUUCUUUUGUAUUACUGAUCUAAAUAACAUCGAUCCAAUGUACCAAUAUUCAUUAGAUUGGUUUAUACGCUUAUACUACCAGUCAAUUGCACAAAGUGAAAAAUCAAAUGAUAUCAAUGAAAGAAUAAGUAUUUUGAAUGAUUAUUUUACUUAUAACAUUUACCGAAACGUUUGUAGAUCUUUAUUUGAAAAAGAUAAACUGAUUUUUUCAUUUAUUUUAACAAUUGGAAUUUUUCGGUCUAAGAAUUUACUCGACGAUGAAUUAUUUACAAUGUUCCUUAGCGAUGGAGUUGGGAUAACUAAUGAGCACCCCAAUCCAGCUUCUAAUUGGCUGAGUGACAAGUCAUGGGCUGAAAUCGUUCGAGCAUCUCAAUUACCAAGAUUGAAUCAAUUUUACAAAUCAAUUAUUAAUUCAAAUGAUGAAUGGAACACAUGGUAUGAUUCAAAUAACCCACAAGACAUGCCUAUUCCUGAGCCUUUUGAAAAUAUCGAUGGCUUGGAAAAGCUUGUAAUUAUAAAGUGUAUUCGUUUCGACAAAGUGGUUCCAGCUAUACAUCAAUAUAUUAUUAGCUGUAUGGGUCAGAAAUAUGUCGAUCCGCCGUCAUUUGACUUGGCGGACUCAUACAAGGACUCAAGUUGUUGUACUCCAUUGAUUUUUAUACUAUCACCGGGAACAGAUCCAAUGUCGAGCUUAAUAAAAUUUUCUAAGGAUAAAAAAAAUAGUCCAACUGAUUUAAUAACCGUUUCGCUUGGUCAAGGACAGGGUCCAAUAGCUGCAAACAUGAUAAAAUCAGGUAUAGAAACAGGUCAAUGGGUUGUGUUACAAAACUGUCAUUUGGCUGCUAACUGGAUGAAAGAACUUGAUCGUAUUUGUGAUGAAGAUAUAAUACCCAGUCGUACACAUGAGUCAUUCCGUCUAUGGCUUACAAGUUAUCCAUGUGAUGAUUUCCCUGUAUCUAUACUACAGAACGGAGUUAAAAUGAUAAAUGAAGCUCCGAAAGGCCUUGGUGCAAAUUUAUUGCGCUCAUAUGCAAUUAACCCUAUUAAUGAUCCCGAUUUCUACCUCGGUUGUAAGAACAAUUUAGGUUUGAAAACAUUACUAUUUUCACUCUGUUUUUUUCAUGGAAUCAUUCAAGAACGUCGGAAGUUUGGAUCACUUGGUUGGAAUAUUCCAUAUGAAUUUAACGACUCAGAUUUUCAAAUCAGUGUGAUACAGUUAAACAUGUUUCUAAACGAAUACGACGAAAUUCCAUACGAUGCAUUACUAUAUUUAAUUGGUGAAUGUAAUUAUGGUGGUCGAGUAACUGAUGAAAAUGAUAGACGUUUAUUGAUAUCUCUUCUGUCAAUUUUUUUCAACUCAAAUGUUACUAACAACGAUUCAACAAGGGAAUUGAUACGUUUCAACAAAUUAUUGUCAGUUAUAAAAAAAUCAUUAGUAGAAGUACAAAAUGCUAUAAAAGGUGUAGUUGUUAUGUCAUCUGAUUUAGAAGAAUUACAUACCAGUCUAGUCAUUGGACGAGUACCGGAAAAUUGGAURAGUUAUUCGUACCCUUCUUUGAAACCUUUAGGAGGAUAUGUWGCGGAUUUAUUGCAGAGGCUAAAAUUCUUACAAGACUGGCUGGAUAAUGGCAUUCCAGAAAUAUUUUGGCUUUCUGGUUUUUAUUUUACACAGUCUUUCUUAUCAGGUGUGCUUCAAAAUUUUUCACGCAAAAACAAAAUACCUCUAAAUAAACUUGGUUUUGAGUUUGACGUAACUAUAUAUGAAUCAAAAAUUGAAUUGAUGGGCAAUCCUGAAUGGAGAGCCUUUUGUCAGGGUUUAUUUUUAGAAGGAGCUAGAUGGGAUCGAGAGUUACAAGUAUUAAAUGAGUCUUAUCCAAAACUUCUUUUUGAUACUCUUCCAAUAAUUUGUUUCAAACCAGGAAUUAAAUCGCAGUUCGAGAAGAGAUCAUAUUAUGACGCUCCUAUCUACAAAACAAGUGCUCGUCGAGGCGUUCUUUCUACCAUGGUACAUUCGAAUAAUUUUUUGAUGUUUAUGGACCUUUUGAUUGAUCGACCGAAAGAUCAUUGGAUUAAUCGAGGCACCGCUUGCUUGUGUCAAUUAGAUGAUUAAAUACUCUCCUUUUUGUACAUCACUUAAGACCAAA